AUGGCACAGGCUGGUGAGAAAAAUCUCCAGAAAAACUCCAUUGAAAAACUUGCCUUGGAUAGCCGUCCCAAGCUCGAUAGGUGCCUGUCAGGUCCCGGCGAGGUAGAGUCGUCGGCCGGCAUGCGGGGUGGAAACAGGGCGAGAUACCUUCUAGAAACCCGUAGGGGACCGCUGCCGCAGGUCCAGCUGACGUUCCAGGUGGUCGCCGCCGCCGCCCCCCGCCUCCUGCGGCCCUGUGGGCUGGGCUCCCCAGUGGAGUGUCUGGUCCUGCGAGACCCCUGGCACGAGCGACAGAGGUUGCGCAAUGCCCACGACGACGCACGAGAAGAACCAUGGGCGUCGUCGAGGGGCAAGUAUAUAAAGGGUGUGCAUGUUCCCGCCUGUCACUGGUCUCAAGCCCUCGGUGAUCGUCAGACUCUUCCUUGCCUGAGCAUCGUCCUCCCUAGAUCAACCUCGAUUGAUCAUUCCUCCUCUUCCUCCACUUCCCCUACUCCCUCGUUGUCGUCAUCUUGUUGCUGCAUUGCACCGCCGACCUCGUGUCCUGUCCUGUCUACCUACCUACCUGCCUGCUACUACCUACCUAUUUUCGGCACAAGCCCAGAUAAGAACCCGAGACCACGAGCCUUGCUUCUUAUCAAUAACAAGCCUGCUCUGCUCGUUUCCGGAACCGGCAACGAGACAACGUCGCACCAGACAAGAAACGCUCCGUCUUCCGAGCUACCCAGCUCUGGCCGGAUGGCUGUGCUCAAAGGCCUCCCAACUACCCCCCUACAGCUCUAG